AUGGAGGCCAGAGUGGUGCGUGCAGUGCAGAAAAGGCAAGUGUUAUUUCUUUGUGUGUUUUUGGGAGUGUCUUGGGCUGGCGCAGAACCUCUUCGGUAUUUUGUGGCAGAGGAAACGGACAGAGGGACCUUUCUGGCCAACCUAGCAAUUGAUCUGGGGUUGGGGGCGGGGGAACUGUCAGCUCGGGGAUCUAGAAUCGUUUCAGAUGAGAACAUACGAUUUUUACUCCUCAAUCCGCUUACUGGUGAUUUGCUUCUAAAUGAGAAAUUAGACCGAGAGGAACUGUGCGGCCCCACAGAGCCGUGUGUGCUGCCUUUCCAGUUGUUACUUGAAAAGCCGUUUCAGAUUUUCCGUGCUGAACUAUGGGUCAGAGACAUCAAUGAUCAUUCUCCAGUAUUUCUAGAUAGAGAGAUUACCUUGGACAUAUUAGAAAGUACUACUCCAGGGGCAACAUUUCUCCUAGAAAGUGCACAGGAUUCAGAUGUUGGAAUCAACAACCUGAGAAACUACACCAUUAACUCCAAUGUCUAUUUCCAUAUUAAUAUCCGUGAUAGUGGGGAGGGGAAUGUUUAUCCCGAAUUGGUACUGGAUAGAGUGCUGGAUCGUGAAGAGGUUCCUGAGCUCAGGUUAACCCUCACCGCCUUGGAUGGUGGCUCUCCGCCCAGAUCGGGAACCACCCUCAUACGCAUCCUAGUUCUGGACAUAAAUGACAACGUCCCUGAAUUUGUAGAGUCGCUUUACAAGGUGCAGGUGCCCGAGAACAGCCCUGUUGGCUCCCUGGUUGUCGCUGUGUCAGCUAGAGAUCUAGAUACCGGAAGUAAUGGAGAAAUAGUCUAUGCAUUUUUUUACGCUACUGAAAGAAUUCUCAAAACGUUUCAAAUCAAUUCAACAUCUGGCAAUCUUCAUCUUAAAGCUGAAUUGAACUACGAGGCAAUACAAACUUAUACAUUAACUAUUCAGGCCAAAGAUGGUGGAGGGCUUUCUGGAAAAUGUACUGUGGUGGUCCAUGUAACAGAUGUAAAUGAUAAUCCCCCGGAACUGCUCAUGUCGUCACUUACUAGCCCAAUUGCAGAAAACUCACCAGAGACAGUAGUAGCUGUCUUUAGGAUUAGAGACAGAGAUUCAGGGAACAAUGCAAAGAUGGUGUGUUCCGUCCAAGACCAUCUCCCCUUCGUCCUGAAGCCAUCAGUAGAGAAUUUCUAUACCCUGGUGACAAAUGGGGCGCUGGACAGAGAGAGCCAGGCCGAGUACAACAUC